GAGCACGCGCUGUUAUGGCGACGUUUACAUUGUUUCAAAAUGGCGACCACAUACACUGCACGGAAGUAUAUAUGAAAAUUGAGAAAAUGUUUGUUUAAUAAGGACAAACACAGAGACAGACUUGAAAAGUUGACUAAUUGUGUAUUACACGCUUUGGUAUGCUAGCUGCAGCCAUGCCGACUUUAGAGGAGCGGGAAAACCUCAUGAAACCCAAAGAGGUACGGCAUCCAGGAUUCCAUCCAAAACCAAUUCAGAGACUUGCUGUGCGGAAACCUCCAAGAACAAUGUUAAACAUAGAAUGUAAUCACUAUUUACGUUCAUCUACAGAGGAAUUUGCACAUGGACACCCAACAAUGGAGUAUAAACUUUGGCUUGAGGCUGGUAAACAUGGAGCUCCCUUUCCACAAAGACCUGAUGACAAUUUCAAUUCAAACGUUUGGAGAAAUUUCAGACGGCAGUAUGGAUUUCACACAAAUGCAGAAGGAAGUAAAAUGUCUGAUGUUAUAGCCGCUAUGUAUCCAUUAAAUAUUCCAGCUCCUUCUAAAGUUGGGGAACAAACAUUUGAGAAGUAUAUAAGAGAGACAAAACUAUUCCAAAGUGAUAAAUUUAAGACUCUGGCUAUGUCAAGGACAAAAUCUGAUGUUGAGGAGUUCAGAAAACUAAGAAUAAAAAGUCUAGGAAGAAAUCCACCAAUAGAUGAAGAUGGGAAGAUAUUGCCUCCAGAGAAUUUCAAGAAAUACGAGCACAGGUUUAUUCCACCACCCGAGCGUCCGCCAACCCCACCCCCACCAAAUCAGAAGACGGAUUCUCUAGGUCAGCGAUACGUUCCAAAGUCUAGACCACAUCUUUGGAAGCUAUCUUACAAACUUAACAAUCCUGAAUAUAAUGCUGUGAAAAAAGAAAUCCGAAAGAGAAAAGAAAUUAAAGAGCGACAAGAAGAGAGAGACCAUCUCAGCCCCGGGCACCAGAUACAUAUGGUCACGCCUUCUCCAAUAAACCCACCUACUUCACACAGAUGAAGAUCCUAGCUAACUCCACUGUUCUCAAACUCUCCUAUGAGAUAAAACCACAACUGCUUACUUUUGCACACUGAAAAAAAAAUUCUAACAAGUGCGACAAAAUCCUUCCAAUGUUUUUGUCAAAAUUCUCAUUUACCAUAUUCAGCUUAGAAUUGAUGCAUUCAGUAAGUUAUAGUCCACUGAUCUCUUUGAAAGUUGACUUGGAAUUCAUAUACAGAUAUUUUAGAGAUGAAAUAUGGUUGAUUAUUCAAAAGGUACGAGUUUUGAUCAGGUAUGCAAAACUGAGACUGAUUUUGUCAUAAAGUCUUUGUACAGUUAUAAGUGGUAACAGAAAUCCUAACAAAACUUUAAAAGUGGAACAAGUCUAAUUAAUGAGUUAUUAAAAGUAAUGGAUUUUACAUGACAGAAAUGAAGUACCAGUAAAUCAAGUUUAAUUAACUUAAUAAUAUUUAUUUGUAUGACAAGGUACUGUUGACCAGAUAAUAUUCAUAAUGGUUUUACUUAAAAUUGCUAGCUGUGAAUAUUUUACAAGGUCCUAAAUCAUGAUUGUAAUUUCAUUUUGAUCAUGAUUAAAAUGUUGCAAGGCAGAGACUGGGCAGUGAUCAAAUUAGUACUGUCAUUAACUGAUAAUUUUGUAUUGAAGAAUAUUGUCAGAAAAUUGGACUCUUUAUUUGGAAGUAGUGAUAGCAAGAAAUUCUCAAACAGAUCCAUCCAUAUCAAUUCAGACUUAAGACUUCACUUUCAAUAUUGCCCUUGAAAUGUAAGGGAAUUCCAUACAAAAGAAAAUAAUAUAAGUAAUAAUAAAACUCAAGUUUUAUAGUCAUUUUUUGAAUACAACGUCAUAUAUUCCUUUGAAAUAUUUCCAUUUUUCUGUGUUAGUUUUUCUUCAUUUCUUCUGUUCUGAUUUCACAGAUAUUCAAAAUUCUAUAUAAAUGUAUCAUUGACUUGACAAUGUUGUCAGUAUCACCAUAAACAAUUACAUCCCUACAUAUUAGAUACAGAAAAGGCAUUUUCUUGUAGUUCUAAGGCAUAUUUCUGUGUUCAUUGUUUUGUUACAUUUUUUGUAUCACCUACAUUCACAUUGUUUUCAACUAAACCUUUAUUAUAUUGAUCGUCCUAAAUCUGAAAAUGUUACAUCUGUGAAAAACUUGGAACAAGCAACUUCUCAUUGUUAUAUACAAUUCUGGUGCUUAGAUUUUUAUUUGAAAUAUGUUUAAAAAAAAAUAUGUAUUUCACGAACAUGUUUAUGCUUUCAGAUAGGCUGUUUACAUGUAUUAAGAAGCAUUGUAAAUUAUGGUGCUUUUAACAGUGAACUUUAUACAACAUGGCAAUGAUAUUUUAUGAGUAACCAGGAGUGCAUGGUCAGUUAAAAUAAUGAAAAUACUUUAUCGAGAGAUUGCAGUACUGACCAUCGAUCAGCUCAUCAUGUUUGAAAAUGUAUUUAUCAUACACUUGGAAUGUAUGUGUCCAUAUAUCUACUACCAGUAAACCAUGUUUUCGAAAUGUGGGAACAAUUUGUGUCUUGUUCUGUUAACGAUAACAGUAUUUUGUUGAAGUAUUUCCAGUCAUAUUUGUGUUGAUUUCGUAACUUGUUAUUUACCCAGUGAUCAUUAUUUAUAUAUCUGUAUUUCUGUGGCCAUCACAUCAUAAAGGACUGUCUACUACUUCCUUUCAAAUUUGUCCUACACAUCUCUUUAUAUAAUAUUUACUGCUUUAAGAAAUAUAUAGUAUGGGUUUGGUGUAAAGAACCAAACUGAGAUGAUAUAGUCAUAUUAAUUGUUUAACAAUAAAAAAAUACAUCUCUAAAAAGUCCUUUUCAAGGUGACUACAGAAACUUCAUUAGGCUUAUAUGCCAACAGCUCUGCUGAUUUGAUGUUAGAUUGAAGUGUUUGGUUCAGUUAAGUUUUCCACUAUAAGUGAGGGUUAACUAUUUCACUGUAAGUGAGGGUUAACUAUUUCACUAUAAGUGAUCGAGGGUUUAGUGCCUUUCUAUCUGUGAUAUUUAUUGUUAUGGUAGUGAAGCUGUAUUCAGUUGUGUUCUUUGUUUCAGAAAAAAAAUCUACUUAAAAUAAAAAGCUAACUUUUUGUAUAAUUUAUACUUUAAUAGUACAUAUUUGUAUUGUAUGUUUUCAAUAAAGUGUCAUUGUCUGAAA